GACUUUGGACUGACUUCGUGCAGAGUUGGACCGCCAUAGGUUGAUUGUAGCUGGAGCCGUAUCUAGAGGGUUGCCUUCCUCCAUUUGCUGGCACCAUGUUGUUGGAGGUCCUGCUGGCAGCACUUGUGGGAGCACUUCUUUUCCUUGUGGUGAAUAAGUGGAGAAAGCCUGAAGUCCUGAAGACAGAGGAUGGGUGGUGGGGAUUUGGAGAUGGACCUGAUGGCCAGGAGGACACAACAAUUCGACCUUUUCAACUAAGCACAAGUGAUUCAGAGCUAGAGGAUCUCCACAAGCGGCUGGACCAAACACGACCCGUGCCUUCACUCCACAACAGCCAGUUUCACUAUGGCUUCAACUCUGAGCAUCUGCAGAAAGUCAUCUCAUACUGGAGAAAUGAUUUUGACUGGAAGAAGCAGGUGGAGAAGAUAAACCAGUUUCCUCAUUUUACAACCAACAUUGAAGGUCUUGACGUCCACUAUGUGCAUGUGAAGCCUCCAGUGGUUCCAGAGGGCACAAGGGUGAUUCCUCUCAUCAUGGUUCAUGGCUGGCCUGGAUCCUUCUAUGAGUUCUAUGGGAUCAUCCCACUAUUAACCCAACCGUCCCAGCCUGGGCACUUUGUGUUCGAGGUGGUGUGCCCCUCCAUUCCAGGAUAUGGCUUUUCUGAAGCACCACAUCACAAAGGUUUCGAUUCAGUGUGUGCAGCGCGCAUCUUUCAUAAACUCAUGAAGCGCCUGGGCUUCAGUCACUUCUAUGCUCAGGGAGGAGACUGGGGCUGGUUAGUCACCACCAACAUGGCACAACUGGAACCAAGGACAGUUACAGGCUUGCAUUUGAACUUUGCCGCGCCCUCAAAGCCAGGGCUGCUGCUAACUCUCUCCAUGCUACUGGGAAAAUGCUUCCCUAAACUGUUCAGCUUCACUCCAAUGGACUUGGAGCAUCUUUACCCCGCUGCGGAGAAACUGGUGGUGGAGCCCCUUCUGGAAACGGGCUACAUGCACAUUCAGGCCACCAAGCCGGACACUGUGGGACGGGCGCUCAAUGACUCCCCCGUUGGAUUGGCUGCCUACAUUCUGGAAAAAUUCUCCACUUGGACAAGCAAAGACUUCAGAAACCUGCAGGAUGGAGGCCUUACCAGGAAGUUCUCUCUUGAUGACCUGCUCACCAAUGUCAUGAUCUACUGGACUGCAGGCUGCAUCACCUCCUCCAUGAGAUUUUAUAAAGAAAACUUAAACCAAGGUCUCAACAAGCCACAUUCAAGAAUCCCAGUGGUGGUUCCUACCGGUUUUGCUUGCUUCCCCAAUGAGCUAAUGCACACUCCAGAGCUGUGGGUCAGGCAAAAGUAUCGGCGUCUGGUGAGCUUCACUCCCAUGCCUCGAGGUGGACACUUUGCAGCAAUGGAGGAGCCGCAAUUGAUGGCCGAAGAUAUCAAAAAGUUUAUCAAACUAGUGGAGAGUCAGAUUAAGAACAGGUGAAUUUAGACUAGGAAUAGAAAGGAUGCCAAAAUAUUUGAUUCUACUUUUGUAGAAACCCAGUGGCUACUAACUGAACAUCAUUUGGUUCAGUUGUAUAUGCUUUGCUUAUUGAGUUAAUGGAAGAAAAUUAUCUUAUAUUUCUUUACUGACUUAAUUGUGUAAGGGUACAGCUAAAUAUCUAAACAAAAGCUUUGACUACUUAUCUUAAGAAAAGUCACACUGUACAUUGUGCAGCAUGUGAUCAAUAAAGGAGAUUGUCCUGACAAACCAAUGCUGGUUCAGACAUAAGCUGAUUUUAAUGGGCCAAAUGACGUGAAGGAUAACGCAACAUUUUGAAAGCCUUUUCACCCUCUUUUCACUUUGAGAUUAACUGCUCAAAUGCUGCUUCGGCUCUUGGCCAAACAAAAUGUGCCACAAAGAAUAAUGACACAGUCUGGUUGUACCAAAGCUUUUGAAUAGCUCACUUGCUUCACUUUCUAAAGUCUGUUUAAUCAAAUGUCAAGCAAUCCUUCUGGUGCGUUUUUCACUUCCAUAUGCAGUAGCUUCAAGCGUACACUAGGUGGCUUACCAGGCUUUUUGCACAAAGUCAUCAUAUUUAAAUUUUAGCUCCUUUGUUAACUCACUUUCUGUUUGUAAUCUGAAAUUGUUAAAGAGGGAGUAAUUAAAAUAAUACUUCCUUUAAAGUAAUUAGUAGUCAACUUUUUUGGUAUCUUUCCCCCAUAUUGACUAUAAAACAUCGCAAUUC